AGUUUUUCACAGUGGCUCCAUUUUGGCCCCCAUACUAACCUCCCGAUCUUACACUCUGUAAAUCGCGAUACCAACCUCGAAGCUUAUGCUUUGCUAGCAACUGUUAUAACUUGGUGUUUUUACGAAAUCUUUGAAGCAACAACUGCGCCCAAGAAUUUUUCACUCAACUCAUCUGUUUUAGUUGCACAGGAACGAAAACAUUACAAAUUAAGACCGAGUAUCGUGUCUGAACCGUUUCUAGUUCAGACUAUCGAAUAAAACACAACAAUCGAAUCACGCCUCGGGUUUUGAUACGGAACUCGUCGCGCGGAGCAUAGUUCUUCUUUCCCUCGCAGCAGUGACCACAGAAGUUCCUGCUUGUAUGAGAGUUCCUGGGCCACGAUAUUGAGAGGAAAAAUCCCCCCUCCCCAUAUCAAAAAGGCAUGCUUUCGAAAAUUUGUCUUGCUGAUUUGAGACCACAAAUCACGUCUGUCUUGCAAGAAGACAAACGCAGAGGCUUCCGCGCCAUUAUGGAAGCGGUUUGGCAUGCUGUUGGGCCUAGAGGACAGCCGUUUGUAAUGCUAAGCACCUAGACCCAAAUGUCCCUCCGUAGGCUGCGCAUCUGGUUGCGAUGCCGUAUUGCAUGACAGCGCGCAUUUGUGUACACAAAUCCUGCAUCACAGAUUUCCCAUUUGAUAUGGGGUGGGGGCUUUUUUCAUUUUGAUACACGAGCAGCAGGAAUAGAAGUGCAUGUUUCGAAGCCGAAGCCAAGGAAGAGGUCCAUUUUCGGAUGGGCGACGCCCCAGCAACGCAAAACGCGCAACAGCAGAAUACUACAGCUGAAGGAAGUGGCAUCAGCUGCUAGUAGUGCUACCAGCAAGAAGAACACGAGGAGGAGUCUUCUUCAUGGUAGAAGAACAGACGACCUGCUGUAUUUCAUCCCCCCGCACCGCGCAGCGACUGGAGCAACUGCUCUAACGAGUGCGGCCUCUUCAGCACGAAAAAACUCGGAUGACGAGGAAGAACUGUUGUUGACUAUUGCAAAAAGCGACCUGCUUCUACACAUAGUGGCAGGAAGUGGAACUACAUCAAGUGCGACUAGACCCUCAACAGCUAUUAUUUCUCUUCAACAACGACGAGGACAGCGGCACCAGACUAACGAACAUAGCACCUCCCACAUUGCUGGUGGGGAAGAUAAUCGUCGAGUAGAAGUCAGUACGGUUUUUAUCGACGGCGAAAAGAGUAGUUUUUGGAGCAGUUCGUUCGGGUAG